AUGGAGGAAGAAAAGAUCAUGACCAGCGUGGCGGAACUGUAUACGUCGCCACAUGGAUUGAAUGCCAUUGCGAAAGACAUUGGAUUGGGCUUGGAGAUCCUCACCCCUCGCAAGAAGGUGAGCAUCAUGAUCAUCGGGAACCACAGCGCCGGCAAAUCGUCGUUCAUCAACUGGUACGUCGGGGAAGACAUUCAACGCACGGGCGUGGCGAUUGAAACCCAGGGUUUCACGCUUAUCACGAGUGGUACCAAACGGACGUUGGCGCCGAUCAAGGGCGAGUCCACGCUGAUGCUGUACCCGCACUUGACGCCACUGUCCAAGCAGUUCGGCAAAUCGCUCGUGGAGAACCUCGUGACGCACGUGAGCACGUCCACAGCUCGUCAUUUCAAGGUCGUCGACUUUUGCGACACUCCCGGUCUUGUGGACGGGGACAUCUCGUACCCGUUCGACGUGAACGCGGCGAUCGUGGCCAUGGCCGCGCACGCCGACUUGAUCUUUGUGUUUCUCGACCCCAUGGGCCAAGCGCUGUGCAGCCGCACGAUGCAAGUGGUGAAAGCUCUCAACCAGAACGGCCAGUACGCGGACAAGAUGAAGUACUACUUGACCAAGGCCGACACUGUCACAGAUUCAAAGGAAAUGAUGAAACUUAUGGUGCAAAUCACGCAAAACAUCAAGGCAAACAUUCAAAACCAGCACGGCCUCGAGAUCCCUUCGAUCUGGAUCACCAAGUCUCGCCCAACCAACUCGCACCUCAUGCCAUCCACGUCUUCGACGACGUCUUCCCCUCAGUCCCCGUCGAUGGACAGCCUCAACCAAAUCGACGCCGUCUGCGAAAGCAUCGAAAAAGCCAUCCACCAAAAGGUCCAGGACAACCUCAGCCAAGUCGAGCGCGACUGCCAAGCUAUCCGCACCGCCAUCCGACGACGGUUGCUCACAGACGAACUCCAACGAGCGGCGAAACGGUCCAGACAUGUUGUGGCCAUGGGAUUUGCGCUCACGGCGUGGGUCCUUCCCCUCGUCACGUUUGUCAUUUUGGUGGGCGAGUACAAGAAGGCGUUGCCGAGCGCGAUUUUGGAUGCGGAUGUAGUCAUGUCGUUCGUCGACGCGACGCACGACACGCUUCGACCGAUGGUGCUGGCGGACGGACCGCUGGGACUGCUAAGUACGCUCAAGUUGGUCGGAGGGUCCUGUGUGUUGUUUGUGCUGUUGAACGCUGUCGCAGAGUUUAUCAAGACACGGAUGAAGCGAUUCGACACGCAAAGCAACGACGUGGUCGCGCGAUGGAAGAGCUACGACCACGUGUUGGACGACGUGCUGGAGCGCCGGUUGGAGUUGUUCAAGGAAUACGUGCGGACGUACACCAGUGCCGACAAUAUAUAA